AAUAUCAUUAUUACAGGAAUUCUAUUGUUAAUACGUAAAGUUUGUCACAUUGUUAAUUAAUUUUUGUUUACGUUCUAAUUCAGUCACGAUCGCAAUAAAUGCAAAAGAUGCAGCAAGAGGAAGAUAAUCGCAGAUUUGAAUUCGCAUCUUGCAACAUAACUCCAAAAAAUUUACAAAGAACGCCACGAGAUGCUGGAUCUGAAAGGAAAGAUAUACUGUCGGAAGUUAAACGUAGGAUUCACUCUACUCCUCAAAAUAGCCCGAAUAGACAUCCGAAAACUCCUCAAAGUAGCGGGUCUUUUAGAAAGGACGUGAAAUUGCACUUAGAAUGCACAAAGCGAAAGAUUCCAUCACCUCAUAAGGAGAGCCUCGAAAAGAUUCAGAAAACAUCUCCAAGCGGAAAAUUCGUCAAUACCUUAAUAGGACAGUGGUACAAACUUACGGGUGUUCGAACAGCAUUGCCUCAAACAGUAACACAAGAAAAUUCCAUCACGGAAGAAAUGAGGCGAAUGUAUGGAAUUGAAGAACGCAAGAUUCAGAAGUUGCAGAAGAAGCUGCAGAGUGCUGAAGAAACUAUAUCUUCACUUUCUGCAUCUCACGAGGCUGAGAUGCGAGCUAAAGAGGACAUUUUGCAACAAUUGAACAGCGAUUGGGAAUCAAUUACUAAUUAUUAUGAUGAAAUAUCCGAGAGCCUCAAGGGGUUUCAGCAGCACAAGGAUAAUUUAUCAAAGUUAUAUAACGACGUCAUUAUUACACAACAGUCAACGGUGAAAAAGUUACAGCAGGAAUUAAGUACUAUGAAAUUGAAAGAUGACGCACAGAGAAAUAUUGUUAGUACAAUUGAAAACAAACUAAAGGAUCAAGAGAAAAGGAUACAUGAAAUGGUGAUUGCUGAGACCGAAUUAAAAAAACAAUUCGAAGACAUGAAGGAUAAAUCACUUUCAGAAAAAAAUUAUUUGCACAAUGUUCAUGCAGAAGAAAAAUUAGAAUUAAUGAAGAAGCAAGAAAAUCUCACGUCGAUGAAUCAAGAACUGCAAGUGCAAUUACAGAAGAUUACGGAAGAAAAACAAGACCUAAGUACCGCGUUAGCUGAAAAAGACGAUAAAUUUGUAAAAUUACAGGAGGAGAUCUCUACAUACAAAAAUAAAAUCGGAGAUUUGCUUUAUCGCAAUACAGAAUUAAGUUCAAAAUAUGAAACGUCAUUCGGAAAGGAAGAAGAACUAUCAAAACAAUUGCAAUUGAGAACAGAAGAAGUCGAGAAAUUACGAGAAAAUUUAAAUACCAGACAAGAACUAGAAUCUAGUUUAGCUCAAGAUCUUGAGAUAAUUGACAAUAAAUACCGUAACGUGCAAAAUGAUUUCAUAGAUGUAGAAAAUGAAUUAAAGGAGACACAAGUUCGUAAUUUAAAUCUUGAACAGUCUUUGCAUAUUAUGAAACGCGAUAACGAACAUAAGAUAGUAGAAUUGAAUAGAAAAAUUGAAUUCUUAGAAAGAGAAAAAGAAAGAAUGAUUUUAGAGAAGCAUUCAAAAAUACAGGAACUGGAGCACGCUUAUGACUUAUUAAAAGAGAAACACGAGGCAGAAAUAACAUCCUUAAAACAAAAAUAUGAUGUUAAAUUAACAGAAAUGACGAAAACAGUAACUACACAACAUUGUUCCUUUUUAAAAUUAAAUGAAGCUUUAAAUAAAAUGAACAAAGAUAAUCAAAAUAGACAAACAAAUUCUGAUCAAUGUACAAUAGCAAAUCGUAACAGACUGCAAGAAAACUUGGGAUUAAAAAUGCAACCACUAGUAGAAUCUAACGAUAAUGCAAUUGAAACAAGAAUUAAAGAAAUAGAAAACCAAACGCAAACAAGUCAAGUUCGUGAAAUGAAAGAGCAACAAUUUCAAGACCAAGAAAAUGUAGAUAGGUCGAAAGCUACAUCUAAAGAUAAAAGCGAAAUGCCGGAACAAGAUAUAUAUAGUUUUAGUGAUAUAGAAGUUAACAAUGAAUCACAAACUGUAUUGUCACAAAAUAGGAAACUUCGAUUCCAGUUAAAUUCUCCAACAAAGAUUGUUGAUUAUACAGAAAACUAUUCUAAUUUCUCUCAAGAUAAAAAUAUAACGCAAUCGAAUAUAAAAAUAAAGAAACAGCAGGAGAAAAAAAAUGAAGAUAAAAAUAAUUCGACGGUGAAAAAAAGAAUAUUUAAAACUCGUGGCACUGCAUUACGGCAAUAUGGAACUACGAAAAAUCUUCAAUACGGAACUUUUGGAAAAAUUUCUAAAAAAUAAAAUUUUAUAUAAUAUUAUCAUUAGGAUUAUUACAUAUAUAUUAUUAUUACAUAUAGG